UUGGUGCCUGUUGUCUGCUGUUUGCUGGCUGCUGUCUCGCACUAGGCGUCUUCUUGACAUCGUGUCUCUCGACCGACAGGCUUCCACCGUGUAACCGGACUCGGACGACACCCCGUCGGGCCACGCGCAAGCCGUACCUUUUUCCUCAGUCCUGAUCAGCAAGCGCCGCUCCCUCCGCCGCAUCUGUCUGGCUACACUUGGAUUUUUGUCUGUCUACCUAACCGUCUCUCCACGGCCUCUCGAUCGGCACCAUGACGGACGGAGACGCCAUGACCGGCACCGACACCGAGCUCGAAAAGCCCGCUCCGCCGGGGACCACCGCCGCCACCACCACCGCCGGCGGGCCGGACCCCAACCCGGCAGCUACCACCACCAACAUGCACAAGCCGCCCACCAACGACCCCCUCGCCUCGGCCCGCGCCGGCGUCGACGACGCCGACGUGGUCUACCCGACGGGCAUCAAGCUGGCGCUCAUCAUCGCCUCGCUGUGCCUGGCCGUCUUCCUCGUCGCGCUGGACCAGACCAUCAUCGCGCCCGCCCUGGGCGCCAUCACGGGCGAGUUUGAGUCCGUCAAGGACAUCGGCUGGUACGGCGCCGCCUACCUGCUGACCACGACCGCGCUGCAGCCCGCCUACGGCUCGCUCUACCGCAUGUUCAGCGUCAAGUGGACCUACCUGGCCGCCGUGUUCGUCUUCGAGGUUGGCAGCCUGGUCAGCGCCGUCGCGCCCUCGAGCAACGCGUUCAUCGUCGGCCGGGCCCUGGCCGGCGUCGGCACCGCCGGCCUGUUCUCCGGCGGCGUCGUCAUCCUGUCCUACACCCUGCCCCUGCGCCAGCGGCCCAUGGCCUUCGGCCUGAUCGGCGCCAUGUGGGGGAUCGCGAGCGUUGCGGGGCCCUUGCUGGGCGGCGCCUUUACCGACCACGUCAGCUGGCGCUGGUGCUUCUACAUCAACCUGCCCAUUGGGGGCGCCGCGAUGCUGGCCAUCUUCUUGUUUUUGCACAUCAAGACGGUGCGGCCCGACGACCGAGACCGCCCCUCGGUGCUGCAGCGCGUCCUGAGCCUGGAUCUCCCCGGCACCGCCAUGCUGGUGCCGGCCAUCGUGUGCCUGCUGCUGGCGCUGCAGUGGGGAGGCACCGAGCACCCGUGGAACAGCUCCGUCGUGAUCGGCCUGUUUGUCGGCUUCGGCGUCAUGAUCAUCAUCUUCAUCGGCAUCCAGAUCUGGAAGGGCGAUCAGGGCACGCUGCCGCCGCGCCUGUUCAAGAACCGGGACGUCGUAUGCGCGAUGCUGUUUGCCUUCUUUUUUGGUGCCGCCUUCUUCCCGCUGGUGUACUACCUGUCCCUGUACUUCCAAGCCAUCCAGCACGACUCGGCCGUGCAGGCCGGCAUCAAGCUGCUGCCCAUGCUGAUCUCUGUCGUCAUCACCUCGGUCGGCACCGGCGGCCUGAUCAGCGCCGUCGGCUACUACAACCCCUUCAUCCUGCCAUGCAUGGUGCUUUUUACCGUCGGCGCCGGCAUGAUCACCACCUUCUCCCUCGACAGUCCGUUCCGGGUUUGGUUCGGAUACCAGGUCCUUACCGGCCUCGGCGUCGGCGUCGGCUUCCAAACCGGCGUGCUCGUCGUGCAAAACAGCGUGCCACAUGAGUGGAUCCCGCAGGGGACGGCGAGCGUGCAGUUCUUCCAGUCGCUGGGCGGGGCCGUGUUCAUCGCGGUGGCGCAGGCGGUGUUCCAGAACGGGCUGACGGCGGGCAUCGAGCGGGACGCGCCGGGCCUGCCGGCGCAGGCCUUCAUCAACAGCGGCGCGUCGCAGAUCCCCGAGGUGCUGGCCCAGCUGCACGCCGAGGACCGCCUGACCGCCGUGCUGACCGCCUACCUGGCCGGCCUGCGCAACUCGUACUUCAUCACCGUCGCCUGCGCCGCCGCCGCCUUCGUGGUCGCCUGCGGGCUAAGCUGGAAGAAGAUCCAGAAGCGCAAGGCGCCGUCGUCGUCGGCGGCGUCCGGCGGCGACGAGGCCGAGAAGGGCGAGGCCAAGCCCGACGCCGACCGGGAGAGCACCACCGAGGCAUGAGAAUACCUGCCUACCUACUAGGGCUCGCGUUGUCUGACUUUUGUAUCAUCCAUGAAAUACACAUGUGCGAGUAGUAGACGGGAAGGAGUCGGUUGAGUUUGCGUGGU